CCUUCACUAUAAAAGCACCUGUCCUGGCCACACUUCACUCGCAUCUCACUUUCUCUCUCUCUCUCUCUCUCUCUCUCUCACACUCACCCUCACUCUCUCCUGAACUCCACGCACACACUCUCUCCCCGUUGAAGAGCAGCAGGACCGAACAGCACGGUAAAGGGACCAUGAGUUACUCCAGCGACAUUUACAGCAGCAGCUCCUACAGGAAGAUCUUUGGAGAUGCCCCCCGCUCCGGCCGCGUGGGUCUGGGCAGCAGCCCGUCCCGUCUGCACUCUGCGGGAUACCGCAGCAGUCACCGCACUUAUGGCUCCCCAUCCAUGAUGUCCUCCGCCACCUACCGCAGGUCAGCGGCGCCUGGCCGCGUCUUCUCCUCCAUGCAGGACUCCAUGAUGGACCUGACCCAGUCCACCGCGGUCACCAACGAGCUCAAGAUCAUCCGCACCAACGAGAAGGAGCAGCUGCAGGGCCUCAACGACCGCUUCGUGUCCUUCAUCGAGAAAGUGCACAACUUGGAGCAGCAGAAUAAAGUCCUGGAGGCGGAGGUCACGCUGCUGCGCCAACGCAACAACGAGCCCUCGCGCCUGCACGAGCUUUACGAGCAGGAGAUCCGCGAGCUGCGGGCGCGCGUGGAAGAGCUGACCCACGAGAAGAGCCAGAUGCACCUGGACUGCGUGCAGAUGAACGAGACCCUGGAGCGCGUGAGGGAGAAACUGGAGGAGGAGAGCAGGCUGCGCGAGGAGGCGGAGAACACCCUGAAGGGCUACCGGAAGGACGUGGACGACGCCACCCUCGCGCGCCUGGAGCUGGAGAAGAAAGUUGAGGCUCUGCUGGAUGAGAUCGCCUUCCUCAGGAAAGUUCAUGAAGAGGAGCUGCAGGAGCUGCAGGCGUCUCUGCAGGCCACCCAGGUGUCUGUGGAGAUGGACAUGAGCAAACCGGACCUGACUGCGGCCCUGAAGGACAUCCGGGUUCAGUAUGAGAACCUGUCUGCCAGGAACCAGUCCCAGGUAGAGGACUGGUACCGUUCCAAGUUUGCCAGUGUGACCGAGGCGGCUGCCCGCAACCAGGAAGCCAUCAAGACCUCCAAGGAGGAGCUGAGUGAGUACCGCAGACAGGUGCAGGCCCGCACCCUGGAGAUCGAGGCCCUCAGGGGCCAUAACGAGGCUUUGGAGAGGCAGAUUGCUGAGAUGGAGGAACGCCAUAACAAUGAAAUUGGAGAGAUGCAGGAUACCAUUCAGCAGCUGGAGGCUGCUCUCCGCAGCACCAAAGGAGAAAUGUCCCGCCACCUCCGGGAAUACCAGGACCUGCUGAAUGUCAAGAUGGCUCUGGACAUCGAGAUUGCUGCCUACAGGAAGCUGCUAGAAGGUGAGGAGUGCCGCCUCAGCUCUGUUGGCGGAGCCAUGGUCCAGUCUGGUUACCCCGGGUUCUCCUACAUGUCGGCCCGCACCUACACCCUGGGAGCCUACAGGAAGUCUGAAGCAAAGCCUGAGGAGGAGGAAGAGGAAGGGGAGGGAGAGGAGGAGGAGGAGGGAGAGGAGAACGAGGAGGAGGGCGAGGAGGGAGAAGAGGGAGAAGAGGGAGAUGAGGGAGAUGAGGGAGAUGAUCAGGAAGAGGGCGAGGGUGAGGAGGAGGAAGAGGAGGAGGAAGAGAAGGUGAAAGAGAAGGAGAAGGAGAAAGAGAAGGAGAAGGAGAAGAAGAAGGAGACCCCCGCCGGAAAGAACAGCAAGAGUUAAAUGGCUUAUUUGGUCAUCUCCAUCAUUAUCAGUAACACAUUCCUCAUCUCAUCAAUCACUUCUGUGGAUCUGAUCACAUCACCUCUGUCACACGAACACUUCAGAUGCCUCACACCUUCUGUGUUUUUCUGUCUCUGUUUGCUCUGACGUGAUUAGUUUAUCCGAUGGAAAAGAAAGGAAGGAAUAAAUGUGUUUCACUGGCAGAGGAGUUUAAAUCAUUUUCAUCCUCUGUGGAGAUCACCGGGCCUUGUUCGCAAAUCGUUCUUAAGAGGAAAUUUGUUCUUAAAACCCUCUGAGAAGAUUCUGAUAGUUUUCUUAUCUCUGAUUUAUUCUAAGCAAACUCUUAGAACACUCUUACAAACAUUUGAGUGCUGAUAUGUUAGGAUAAAAUAUUUAAUUUUGCACUCAUCAGCACUCAAAUGUGCCAGAUUAAGAAUGACACAAUUCUAUCACUUUAAGACUUAUAUAUAAUUCAAUAAUGUGCAGCAUUUGAUCUGACCUGCAAAUUUAGCACAUUUAUCAUGACACUUAUUUAAAACAGUUAAAACCUAUCUUCACACAUGGGCAUUUAAAUGUGUUUUAAUGAUGUUUCAUCAUUUUAAAGCAUCAGGGAUAAGUAUUAAUGUAUAUUUCAAUCAAAUUAUACUCACUGUGAAAAGCAAAACAAAACAAAACAAAAAAAGAUGACCCUCACCCUUUACAUUUAACUUUUCAAUCAACUAUAAUUCAUCCUUUUCUUCUUACAGCACCAUACAUGAAAUUUCUGACAAAUGCACCCAGUCGUUUAGUGUCAUUUGGACUAGGAUUGCAUCGUCUUUA